AUGAAGAAAGAAUCUGCUAGUUUGUUCUCGUUUUUACUGUUCUUCAGUGGACUUUUGUUUACAUGUGUUCAUGGACAUCUUUAUUCAGACGCUGAAUCACUUCUCCAGGACGUCUUCAAGAACUACUCAACUGAUAUCCGACCAAAAGAGAACUUAUCAGAAGUUAUAGAGGUUUCCGUUAAGCCGAUCGUUUUCUCAGUGAACGACUUUGAUGAAGUUUCUGAAGUUUUGUCCAUUGUUAGUAGUUUUAUGCUGGUUUGGCAUGAUUUUCGGUUGACUUGGACACCAAGCAGUUAUGGUGGCAUCGAGAUUCUCCCUGUCCCGAAACAGAAACUUUGGAUUCCGAAUAUCUUUUUGAUUGACCCAGCCAAAAAGAUGGAAGCGAUUGGGGAUGAAGACUUCAUAGGCAGAAUUUCUUACUCUGGCAUCGUUACAUGGGGACCAGCAGGUCUUAUUCAAACUACAUGCAAUGUUGACAUGUAUAAAUUUCCCUUUGACACACAAUCAUGCGCUUUCAUAUUAGCUCUAUGGGGAUAUUCGCCAUCUGAAGCUAAAUUAGUUCCUUUUGAAAAUAUGACUUCAGUGGAUACGAAUUACUACUCUUCAAAUGCCCAGUGGAAGUUGAAAGGAACGGCAAUGAAGCGAUCUGCACUCGCAGAUUACGAUAAUUUACUUGAGGUUCGAUUGACUUUAGAGAGGAGGUACCUUUAUUUCCUUAUAAACAUGUUAGCCCCUAUCCUCUUAUUGUCCUUACUCAACCCUCUUGUAUUUGCCCUACCAGUUGAAAGCGGAGAACGCUUGUCUUAUGCUAUAACAAUCUUCUUGUCAUUUGCCGUAUUUAUGACUUUACUCAGCGACAGUAUACCCAAAUCUUCCGAGCCAAUGUCAAUGAUGUCGUACUUUCUAAUUGUUACGAUGUCUAUUAGUACUUUGAUAAUCGUUUUGGCAGUUGUUACAAUGCGUCUCCAUUUUAAAGAUCCUAUAUUACCAGUUUCAAGUCACUGUGUUUUUAUACUCAAUGUUCUGAGAUUCCGAUGCCUGUGGCGCAGUUGUAGAAAAAGCGAAAACAAGAUUAAAGUCGUUGUUAAAUCUGGGAAAGUGGAUGAAAGCUUCGAAAAGAGUAAUGUUGAUGGAAGAAAAAAUACAGCACAAUAUGAAGCAGAAGAAAAAAUCACUCGGAAGGAUUUAGCGGAGGGAUAUGACAGAGUAAUGACGUACUAUUUUUACGUCUUUGUGUUCAUUCAGUGGUCUAUUCUCGUAAUAGCACUAAUGUAA